UGCUCUGAAGAAAUUAGUUGGAGAUUUUUCGUGAAGAUUAUCUCUUUUUACAUCGGCCCAACAUCGAGAGAUAUACAGGAAAUCAGCAGUCAUCAUGUCGAACGACAGCGACAUAUCAAUGGUGGACGAGGAGGAAGAACUCAAGCACGCCGACGAUUUAACUCUGGGUGGUCUGCCGAAGCUGGUCAUUCUGCCAGGCGCAUCUACUCAUGCUGCGUCAUUCCAAAUUGAAAAGGAAGAUCACACUCUAGGCAAUGCCUUACGGUAUUUUGUCAACAAAAAUCCCGACGUAGAAUUCUGCGGAUACACUAUUCCCCAUCCCUCCGAGACGAAAAUGAACAUUCGCAUCCAGACUUGGGAAGAUACGCGGACGACAGCGGUUGAUGCCCUGCGAAAGGGCCUCGUUGACAUGAUGGACGCCUGCGAUGUGAUUACUGAAAAGUUCACCCAAGCACGAGACGAAUUUGAUGCACAGAAAUCGUAAUGAUUUAUCGAUUUUGGUGAUGCAUUGCGAAGGCGCUGGGGGUUUUCUGGUUUAGCUAUGUACAGUGGUUGGUACCAUGACUUCUAGUUCCGUCCCUAAGUAUUGCGUUAGGUUGUUUACGCAAAGACUCGUAGCAUCGAGACAUACCUCAAGGAAUCCAGACAUGAAGUUCUUUGGUAACCUGGCGUUCUCGUCCUCUUCCGUUCUCCAGUACUUCAU